AUGAUUGAGGGUGCAAGCGAGGUGCCUGGGCAUGCCGACCGCGGGCUUGGAACCACCGCGCAGCAGCUUGCACAAACUUGGAAAGCCAUAAGCGGUCCGCGAGACGUGGUCGAGUUUUACGGGCAUGGGCGGCAUGCCAGACAAUUUGCAUGUUUCUCGAAUUUCUACGACCAGCGAGACGACCCGUUUUGGUUCUCUGUGUCCAACCAGCUUGAUUGCAAAGUCGAGUUGCCAGAAGACCGACGUCGAGUCUCUUGUGCUUUCUCGGAGAAGGCGAUCAUGCUCUGCAAGGCCGCUGUCAUGGGUGACGUGCAGACAUAUGUGGAGAUCUGCGAGGCCAGGCGUCCACACCAGGCGAAAACACUGGGGCGCAGGGUCCAGAACUUCAACGGCACGCUUUGGGACCGAGUGGUGUGCCACGUGGCUUUCCACGUCGUCUACGAGAACAGAGGAACGAACAUUUCGCCAGUCCCCCGCGAUGCGGUCCGUGCUGCUGGGCACGGGCGACCGCCUGAUCGCGGAGGCCACCAUCUGGCUACAGGGAUAAGAUCUGGGGCAUCGGCAUCGACGUGGGCGACCCCCGAGCGCGGGACCCCUCCGCGUGGUGCGUAUACUCGGCUGGGCGCUCAUGGGCGCCCGCCGGGCCCUGCGCGAGGAGGGCGCGCUGGCGCCGGCGCGGGGCCUCGGGAGGGGUGA